AUGGAAGUGGCAUCAGGUGAGAGAGGCGGCGCUGGAUGUGAAGACGUACAUAUUCUUCAUUAUCGGAAUAUUCAAUACAAUUCCGGCAGGUUCAUUGUCAAACACUCGGCCUGUAAGUUCAGCAGUCUUCUCAUCAGAGGCUUCGGUUUCUCUCCCGUGCAGACGCAGCUCAUUGGGAUCCCUUCCCACGUCAUACAGAUUUUGUCGCUUCUAGUCGGUGGCUUGGUUGCAACGAAGAUACCAAACGCCCGUCUCCUCGUCAUGUCCCUAUGUGUCAUUCCCUCCAUCAUCGGCACCGUCCUUGUCUACGUUCUUCCCAGCCACAGCAGGUGGGGUCGGGUGGGAGCAAUCUGGAUUGUCUAUACUAAUGCGGCUAGCCUAGCGGUCUCAUUUUCCGUGGUUGGGGGCAAUGUCGCUGGAUUCACGAAGAAAACCACUGUCACAUUUCUACUCUUCUUGGGUUACUGUACUGGCAAUAUUAUAGCUCCCCACUGCUUUCGAGGAAGUGAAGAAAAGCGGGGGUAUCCUACCGCAAUUACGGCCAUGAUAGCAUCGUUUUCUGUGCUUUUGCUUGCUCCCCUAAUUCUUCGGUGCCGGCUGAUAAUUCCUAGUUACCUUUAUUUAACGGAGAAUAAGCGGAGAGAUUCCAAUACCACGGUGACCCCUCAUCCUUCCAAUGGCGAGAUUGAGUUGGAUUUAACAGAUAUCGAAGAUCAAGGCUUUAGAUAUGCUGUCUGA